UUUGGUUGCGCCUACCUGAGAGCGGACGAGGCGCACCUGAAAGUGAAGUGCGCUUUCAUUGGCCUCUUAAAAGUCCUCCCGGUAUUAACUUUCUUUCAGAUAUUAAUGAAUCGGAUUGAGACAACGUCCUUUGGCAGAGGAUAAAUAAUUCACUUGACAACCCGGAGCGCAGUUUACUGAGGAGCUGUGACAUGAGGAGGAGUUGAACCGCGGCUGUGGAGCACUGAGCCGCCCGCCUGCGUCCUGACGCACGCCCAAAACAACAGCUCCACAGGUGGUGGUUUUGUUUUUUGUACUUAAAAAAAAAAAUUUAUGUCAUUUUAUCUGGAUAAACUUCAGUGGAACCAUGCCUGGAGCGGAGAGCAGACUGGAAAGCCGGCUGAACAAGCUGGAAUCCCUGAUGAACAACCAACAAUCGGCACUAAACUUGGAAACCCUCCUGGACUCCAUUAAUGCACUGGCUCAUGACUUGAACUAUCCUGCCCUGAGGAAAAACAAAAACAUAGACGCAUUUCUGAACCGAUAUGAAAAGUCAGUGACCCAGCUGAGAGACCUGCAGGUGAAACUCGAUGACUUUGAUAAAGUCAAGCUGAUUGGCAGAGGAGCGUACGGGGAAGUGCAGCUGGUCCGUCAUAAGGCCUCACAGAAGGUUUACGCCAUGAAGCAGCUCAACAAGUUUGAGAUGAUCAAGAGGUCCGACUCAGCCUUCUUCUGGGAGGAGAGGCACAUCAUGGCCUUCUCCAGCAGCCCCUGGGUCGUACAGCUGUGCUGUGCUUUCCAAGAUGACCGUCACCUCUACAUGGUGAUGGAGUUCAUGCCUGGAGGAGAUCUGGUCACGCUUACCAUGAACUAUGACAUACCAGAGAAGUGGGCUCGAUUCUACACGGCUGAGGUCGUACUCGCGCUGAACGCCAUCCACUCCAUGGGCUUCAUCCACCGUGAUGUUAAACCUGAUAACAUGCUGCUGGACCAACACGGACACCUCAAACUGGCUGACUUCGGUACAUGUAUGAAGAUGGACGAGACGGGUAUGGUGCACUGUGACACCGCUGUAGGCACUCCAGACUACAUUUCCCCUGAGGUGCUCCAGUCCCAGGGAGGUGAUGGUUACUAUGGUCGGGAAUGUGACUGGUGGUCUGUAGGAGUCUUUAUUUAUGAGUUGCUGAUUGGUGAAACUCCUUUUUAUGCCGAGUCCUUGGUGGGAACUUAUGGGAAAAUCAUGAACCACAAAAAUUCUCUGGCCUUCCCAGAUGAUAUAGAGAUUUCUCAGAAUGCCAAAGACCUCAUCUGUGCCUUUCUCACUGACAGGGAGGUUCGCCUGGGACGCACCGGAGUGGAUGAAAUCAAACGCCAUCCCUUCUUUAAGAACGACCAGUGGACUUUUGACAACAUCCGUGAGACUGUGGCCCCAGUUGUGCCAGAGCUCAACAGUGACAUAGACACCAGUAACUUUGAUGACAUAGAGGAUGAUAAAGGAGAUGCUGAGACUUUCCCUCCACCCAGAGCCUUUGUGGGCAACCAGCUACCAUUUGUCGGUUUCACAUAUUUCAAGGAGGAUCAGUUGCUGAAGGGAAGUAGACACUGUAUCGAGGAGGAUUCAGAGAACCGUAAGGACGACUGUAAGGAAAAAGAGAAUCGCUCUGAGAACGCAGAGUUGCAGAAAAAAAUUCAUCAGCUGGAGGAACAGUUCAACCAUGAGAUGCAGGCCAAGGAUGAGCUGGAGCAGAAGUGCAAAAAUGCCACCAACCGUUUAGACAAGUUGGUCAAAGAAUUAGACAAGGAGAUGAGUAGCAGGCAGAGAGUGGAGGCUUCGCUCAGGCAGCUGGAGCGAGAGCGAGCUCUGCUGCAGCACCAGAGCGCCGAGAACCUACGCAAGGUGGAGAUCGAGACGGACCGAAAGCGCGGCCUGGAGAACGAAUUGAACAACCUGAGGGACCAGCUGGAGGAUCUGAGGAGGAGGAACCAGAACUCCCAGAUUUCCAAUGAGAAGAACAUCCAGCUGCAGAAACAACUGGAGGAGACCAACGCUGUGCUCGAGGCUGAGCAGGAAGCGGCGGCGAGAUUGAAGAAGAGUCAGGCGGAGGCGCAGAAACAGGCUCAGAGCCUGGAGGUCGGCCUCAGGGAGAUGCAAGACAAGUGCAGCCAGUUAGAAAAUAGCAAAAUGGAGUUGGAGAAGCAGCUGAUGGGGCUUCAGUCUGAAUUGGAGGCUGAGAAGAGAGACCGUAACCUCGGGACAGAGACUAUAGCUGAUCUCCAGGGACGCAUUUCUGCUCUGGAGGAAGAGGUGAAAGAGGUGAAGUCUUCUUUCUCUAAGGUGCAAACUGAAAAGAAGCAGCUACAAGAGAAGCUGAAUGAGCUUGAGAAGGAAAAGAGCAACCAAGAGAUAGAUCUGAUGUACAAGCUGAAGUCACUCCAGCAGACUUUUGAGCAGGAGGAGAACGAACAUAAGGCCACCAAAGCCAAGCUCGCAGAUAAAAACGAAAUCUACCAGUCCAUUGAGGAGGCAAAGUCCGGGGCUUUAAAAGAGAUGGAGUGCACCCUCCAGGAGGAGCGUGGUUCAAAGCUGCAGGUAGAGGGUAAACUGUUGCAACUAGAGAAGGACUAUUCAAUGUUGGACUGUGACUACAAACAGGCCCAGCACAAACUGGAGGAGCUGCAAGGACAAAAGGACAAACUGUCUGAAGAGGUGAGGAACCUGAAUUUACGCCUGGAGCAAGAGAUUCACAAGCGAACCUUGAGCCACAAUGAUCUGAAGAUGCAGAAGCAGCAGGUGUCAGUGCUCCGCUCAUCAGAGAAACAGCUCAAACAGGAGCUCAACCACCUGCUGGACAUGAAGCAAGUCCUGGAGAAACAGAACCAGGAGCUGCGCAGGGAGAAGCAGGAGGCUGACGGCCAAAUCAAGGAACUGAAGGACCAACUGGAGGCAGAGCAGUAUUUCACAACGCUUUAUAAAACCCAGAUCCGUGAGCUGAAAGACGAACGUGAGGAGAGAAAUAAACUGUACAAAGAGCUGCAGCAACGACUGGAGCAAUACCAGGAGGAGAGGGAAUCGCUGACCUCCCAGCUAGAGGCCAGUUUGACCAAAGCGGACUCUGAGCAGCUGGCUCGCUCCAUCGCUGAGGAGCAGUACUCUGAUCUGGAAAAGGAGAAGAUCAUGAAGGAGCUGGAGAUCAAAGACAUGAUGGCGAGACACAAACAGGAGCUGGGCGAUAAGGAAGCCACCAUUAGCUCGCUGGAAGAGUCCAAUCGCACUCUAACGGUGGACGUGGCCAACCUGGCGAGUGAAAAAGAGGAGCUGAACAACCAGCUGAAAGAAAUGCAGCAGCAACUCCAGAAAGUGAAGGAGGGGGAGAAGCACAUGAACUCUCUGAAAGUGAGCUUUGAAAAGCAGCUGCAGAAUGAAAGGACGCUAAAAAUUCAGGCCGUCAAUAAACUGGCAGAGGUGAUGAACCGGAGGGAGACGGUGAGGGGAGGCCACAGAGGCAUCGACACCGAAGUCCACAGGAAAGAGAAGGAGAACAGGAAACUGCAGCUGGAACUGAGAACAGAGAAGGAGAAACUCAACAGCACCAUCAUUAAAUACCAGAAAGAGCUGUCGGAGAUGCAGGCGCUGAUAGCGGAGGAGAACCAGGUGCGUCUGGAGCUUCAGAUGGCAUUAGACAGUAAAGACAGUGACAUCGAGCAGCUUCGAUGUCAGAUCACCUCCCUCAGCGUCCACUCUCUGGACUCCACCAGCAUCAGCAGCGGCAACGACCUGGAUAUGAGCGACGGAUACCCAGACUCCAGGCUGGAGGGCUGGAUUUCACUUCCUACCAAGAACACAAAGCGGUUCGGCUGGGACAAGAAGUAUGUAGUGGUAAGCAGUCGGAAAAUCCUGUUCUACAACAGUGAGCAGGACAGAGAGCAGGCCAACCCUUUCAUGACCUUGGACAUAGAUAAACUGUUUCACGCCCGACCUGUCACUCAGACUGACGUGUACCGCGCCGACGCCAAGGAAAUACCAAGGAUAUUCCAGAUCCUGUACGACAACGAGGGCGAGAGUAAACGCGAGCAGGAGGUGGUAGUGGAGCCGGCGCCGUACAGCGAUCGCCCGUCCUACAUCAACCACAAGGGCCACGAGUUUAUCCUCACCCUGUAUCACUUCCCCUCCAGCUGUGAGGCCUGCACCCGCCCCCUGUGGCACGUCUUCAAACCCCCGCCCGCUCUGGAGUGCCGCCGCUGCCACGUCAAGUGCCACAAAGAUCACAUGGACAAGAAAGAGGAUGUUAUCGUGCCUUGCAAGGUGAAUUAUGACAUGUCUACUGCCAAAGAGCUGCUUCUGCUGGCCAACUCUCCGGAGGAGCAGCAGCGUUGGGUCAGUCACCUCCUCAAACGCAUCCCCAGGAAACACCCGACCAUGAGCCCUCCUUCUGCAGCACAACCCCAGUCCACUCCUGAACUACCGCCUCGCUCCUCUCCUGGACUCUCCCCACGAGCUUCCCCCAGGAACUCCCCCCGCAUGUCCCACCGCGGAGCCAUCAAGAUCCAGCCCAGUAGACAGCAGCAGCCGUCAGGGAAGCCGAGAUUGCUUGAGUUUGGCCUGAAAGACUGGAGUUGGUCGAUGGAUGAUGUCGAUAAUGAUGAUGAUGAUAUGUUCUUCUGAGGAAGUGGGAAAAACAGGGGGGACGGAGGUUAACCCUGGCUGAUCAAAGAUGUGUUUUUCAUCUUUGUGAAUUAAUGACCGUGGUCUGGACAAAUAAAGUGCCUACAUGUGUUAUUUGUUCAGGGAAGAAGACUGAAGUACAAUUUCACCAAAAAAAUAAAAAGAAUGAAAGGAAAAAAAACACUAAUCAUGGACAUUCAGAAACAUUCACACAAACCGGCUGUUGUCAUGAGAACUGAGACUAUUUUCGUCAUUUAAACAAGAGGAAUAAGAGCACAGUCUUUAUGAUGCAGUGAGACUUCAUCACAAGCAAAAGUCCAGUAACCGCUCAUUUUGUAAUUAGCAUCCUGGACAUUUUCUGCAGUGAUUCACAUGGAUUUCUGUUUGUGAAGUGUUUAACGUGUGUGUGUGUGUGUGUACAUUUGUAUAUGGGAUUAAGCUGUCUGUCUGUGUUUCGUAGCACAGAAUGUUUAGCUCAUAGUAUGUUUUAUUUUUAUGGAUACAAAAUAUAAUUGCAGCACAUUAUGCGAUAUAUGCUUUUCCUGUAGACGUAUGAAAGCAGUUUGAAUGGAUGAUUUUACAUGGUUUUCUGGGUCUUGUUUCAUGACACAAAGCAUAAAAUAACCUGCUACAAAAUAAUGUGAACCCAAACGAUGUACUUUCCUCUCUUGCCAUUCAUGACAAAUUCAAAUAAACUCUGUUUUCCCUCA